AUGUCUGAAACAAUGGAACGCAGAAUCGAAGAAAGCAAAAACGGAAUAGAGAACGACGGACCACCAGGAAUGGAACCAGAUGGUGUGAUCGAGUCGAACUGGGACCAGAUAGUCGAGAGCUUCGACGACUUGAACCUGAAGGACCAGCUCUUGCGAGGAAUUUACGCUUAUGGUUUCGAGAAGCCAUCAGCAAUUCAAGCUCGUGCUAUCCUUCCAUGCAUCAAGGGGCACGACGUGAUCGCUCAGGCCCAGUCAGGAACUGGUAAAACUGCAACCUUCUCUAUUUCUAUUUUGCAGCAAAUAGACACUUCUAUCAACGAGUGCCAGGCUCUGAUCCUAGCUCCGACCCGUGAGUUGGCCCAGCAGAUCCAGAAGGUCGUGAUCGCUCUUGGAGACUUCAUGCAAGCCCAGUGUCACGCUUGCAUUGGAGGAACCAACGUGCGCGAGGACAUACGCAAGUUGGAGCAAGGAGUCCACGUGGUGGUCGGAACUCCCGGUCGUGUCUACGACAUGAUAAGCCGUCGCGCAUUACGCACCAACAACAUCAAGAUGUUCGUUCUUGAUGAAGCUGACGAGAUGUUGUCCCGUGGAUUCAAGGACCAGAUCCACGAUGUCUUCAAGCUGCUGCCAACUGAAGUCCAGGUUAUCUUGCUCUCGGCUACCAUGCCCAAUGAUGUCUUGGAGGUGUCCAAGUGCUUCAUGCGCGACCCGAUCAACAUCUUGGUCAAAAAAGAGCAGCUCACUCUCGAGGGUAUCAAGCAGUUCUUCAUUUUUGUUGAAAAGGAAGACUGGAAGCUGGAGACUCUUUGCGAUUUGUAUGACACUCUGAGCAUCACUCAGGCUGUUAUCUUCUGCAAUACUCGUCGCAAGGUCGACUGGCUCACUGAGAACAUGCAGAACCGUGACUUUACUGUCUCUGCUAUUCACGGAGAGAUGGAGCAGAAAGAGCGUGAUCUUAUUAUGAGGCAAUUCCGUACUGGAUCUUCUCGUGUUCUUAUCACGACAGACAUCUUGGCUCGUGGUAUUGAUGUUCAACAAGUUUCUCUUGUUAUUAAUUAUGAUUUGCCGUCGAACCGUGAGAAUUACAUCCACAGAAUUGGACGUGGUGGUCGUUUUGGACGUAAGGGAGUAGCCAUUAAUUUUAUUACUGAGGAAGACAAACGCACGCUUAGUGAUAUUGAGCAUUUCUACAGCACUUCCAUUGAUGAGAUGCCAAUGAACGUCGCUGAUUUAAUUUAA